AUGACGCAAAUAGUCGUACGCUCGCCGCCCGCCCUACACCCUCUUCCGAGCCCGCAACUGACCACACCCCCCAUGAAGCCCUCGGAAACCCUCUCCCUCCUCACGCGCCUGAGCCAGAAGCCCGGCGUCCAGAGCACCCUGGUGCUCGCCCGCGACACCGGCGCGAUCGUCCACACCUCCGGUUUCCUCUCCAAUAGCGCCGCAGCGAACCCCAACACCACGCUGCCCGCCCCCGCCGACAACGCCGCCAACACCGCCAACAACGCCGUCGCACCUGGGGUUGCCGCUGCUGCUGCUGCGCUGACGAACGGCAAGCAGGAGACGGGCAUGCGCAGCGCCGAGGAUGUCGCCCGCAUGGUGCAUGGCUUCGUGGAGGCGGCUGGGGAGCUGGUCAAAAAUCUGGAGGAGGAAGACGAGGUCAAGCUCCUGCGCCUGCGCACUAAGAAGAACGAGCUGGUCAUCGUACCUGGUAGGUCCCGAGAGCGCUCAGGCGUGGCCCUGGACGGGGGCGGCAAGUUGCAUACCAGAGCUAACGGCGACGCUCCUCUCCAGACCCCCGAUUCAUGA